CUCAAGAUGACUGACAAGGUAGAUCGAUGUCUAUGAAGCGCAUUUCGCCGAACUGAGCUGCAAGGCAUCGGUGAAAUCUUCACGGAGGACGGGCCGUCUCUACACAGAGAUAAGAUAAUACACCGUUUGCCAACACCCCUAGCGAGACAAGAUCUUUAAAGGGAGUGGUCUCCACAGCUGUGGGACCAGAGUAUUUAUUCAGACACCUCCAAGCGUUCCUCACUGCACUGUCAGCAAACAUGACUACAGACUUCUCUAAGAACGCAGUGGAGAGGCCGGAGCCUUCUAGGGCGGAAGUCAAAGGGAACGUUCCCACCUGGCUGCAAGGCACACUGCUCCGCAAUGGCCCCGGUAUCUUCAGUGUGGGGGAGACCAGCUACGACCACUGGUUUGAUGGGAUGGCCAUCAUGCACAGCUUCGCCUUUAAAGAUGGUGAAGUGACCCACAGAAGCAGAUUCCUUCGAGGUGAUACCUAUAAGGCUAACAUGGCUGCAAACAGGAUAGUUGUGUCUGAAAUGGGGACAAUGGCCUAUCCAGACCCAAGCAAGAACUUCAUAGUCAAGGCAAUUACCUUUCUCAACCACACAGUGCCUGAUUUUACUGACAAUGGUGCAAGCAAUUUCAUCAAAUAUGGAAACGACUAUUUUGCCACCUCCGAAACUAACUACAUCCGCAAGAUUGAUCCUGUGACGCUGGAAACUCAGGACAAGGUGGACUACUUGAAGUACCUGCCUGUAAAUUUGGCCUCGUCCCAUCCACACUACGACAAGGAUGGCAACGCCUACAACUUCGGAACUUCAAUAGCAGAGAAGGGCAAGACUAAAUACACUCUGUUCAAAGUCCCUGCAGCUUCAGAAAAAGACAAAGGUAAGAAUGCCCUUGCAUUGAAAAAUGUGGAGGUGGUGUGCACGGUUCCCUGCCGCUCCAUGCUCACACCCAGCUACUACCACAGCUUCGGCAUGACGGAGAACUACUUCAUCUUCAUUGAGCAGCCUCUCAAACUGGACAUCCUCAGGAUGGCCACCGCGUACAUGAGGGGAGUCAACUGGGCGAGCUGUCUGAAGUUCUGCCCCGAGGAAAAUACUCUGAUCCACCUGAUAGACAGGAAGACUGGCAAAGAAGUUGAGACAAAGUACUACACUGGAGCAAUGAUCGUCUACCAUCACGUGAACGCUUUUGAGGAUGAUGGUCAUGUGAUCUUUGAUGUGAUUGCAUACAAAGAUAACAGCCUUUAUGAUAUGUUCUACCUGAGCAAGCUGAAGGAAAACCCUGGGUUCCAUGACGAGGCUUAUUCCAAACCAAGCUACAGGAGAUUUGCACUCCCCAUCCAUUCAGACAAGGGCAUUGCAGUUGGAGAAGACCUGGUGAAGCUGAAGUACACGACAGCCUGUGCUGUGAAGGAGAAGGAAGGCAAACUGAAGUGCCAGGCUGAGGUGCUCUGUGAAGGUUUCGAAUUGCCCAGAAUAAAUUAUGACUUCAAUGGCAAGAGGCAACGGUUUGUCUAUGGAAACUGUGUGGAGGAAUCUGCACUUUCAAAACAGAUUAGCAAGUUUGACACAGAAACCAAGGAAAUGGUUUACUGGAGUGAGGACAACUGCUGGCCAUCAGAGCCGGUGUUCAUCCCCAGACCAAAUGGAGAGUCAGAAGAUGAUGGUGUGGUUUUAGCAUCAGUUAUCAACUCCAACCCAGGCCAGUCUUGUUUCAUCCUGGUUCUUGAUGGCAAGACAUUCAAGGAGGUGGCUCGGGCAUAUGUGAAUACUGAGCUCCACAAGGAUAUGCAUGGAUUUUUUAUCCCGCAGUAAAAUAAGUCAGUCAUUUAUUUAUAAAAAAAUAAAAUAAUAUCCCUUUGGGGAAACUGUUCCCAAAUAAUUUGGCACAGGAAUCUAUUUAAGCAUUGAAAAACACACUGCAGAACAGUGUCAUUUUUUAAACCAAAUUGUAAUGAGGAUCCACAUAGUUUCAUGGACUGCCUCAUCCCUGUAAAUUUAAAAACAUUGCAUCAAAACAAAAAUGUUUGAUGUAUUUAGUAAGAAAGGUGCAGAUUUACUGAUUUUGUGUGGAUCAAAAUGUUGCUUAUGCAUGUAUAUAUAUAUAUCAGUGUUUAUUUUGUAGCCUACAUUACUCUAUUGUACUGCUAUGACUGUCAUUGUACCAUUUUACUUGAAUUUAAACUUUUGACAAAAGAAAAAAAAUGUCAUAUGUCUGA